AUGGCUCCCACGGCUCCCCCCGCAGCCUCCAACUCCCCGGCCAAGAAGACUUCUGCGCCUGAAAAGAAAUACAAGUGUCAAUUUUGCAAUCGUGCUUUUAGUCGCAGCGAACAUCGCAGCCGCCACGAGCGAUCCCACACCAAGGAACGACCAUUCAAAUGCUUAAAAUGCCGCAGCACCUUUGUGCGGCGAGAUCUGCUUCUCCGUCAUGACCGUACCGUUCAUGCUAAGGAUGGAGGCAUCCCUCUCGUCAGCGAAGGACGCAGGCGUGGCGGUAACGCGGGAACCCAGAAGAGCCCGCCUACCGCCGCCGCGCCUCCCAAGCCCUCAAUUACCAUUGACCCCGCCACUCUGGAACAAAUCGAGGCAAGCAGUGAUGGUAUGGUCGACCUUGAAACAGCAGCCAUGUUGAUGACCGAUUUCCAACAUAAGGCUGCUGCCGCCGCCACCACCACCGGCCACGUUCAAGAUCGCACUGGUUCUGACCGCUCCUUCUCGCCGAGUCGCGGCUCACUUCUGGAUCAGCACGCUUCCUACUUGUCCGGCAAUGCCACGCUACCUCAGAUGCCCUGGGAUUCUCUGGUUUCGCCCACGGAGACAAAGCAUUCCAUGACCGGUUUCACUUCUCAGGACGCAGGCUCACAUGCCCAUCAAAUGUCAAUGAUGGAUCGCCACAUGUCCGCUCGGGACGCACUGGCACCUUCGCUGCAUUCGCUUGUGGAUUCUUUGCCGAUGUCCGGCAACUCAACUCCCAACGCGCUAUCGCCCUACCCAUCAAUGACCGGCCCCGUCAGCCCCGUCAAUUACCGCCGGUCUCCGGGCCCCAGUCAAGCACUCACUCUACCUAAAGCGCCUCAGCUCGUCAAUGAGAUGGAGAGACAACGCAUCGUGGACAACAUCAAGAACUCAGACACUCUGUCGACUCUACCAGAGGGCUUCCAGCUUCCGUCCACGUCGGCAUUGAACAAGUACCUGUCCACCUACUUCAAUCUCUACCAUCACCAUCUUCCGUUCUUGCAUCAGGGAUCUUUCAGGCCAACCGAAGCUUCACCGCCUCUACUGCUGGCUGUACUGUCCAUUGGUGCACUCUACACUUUUGAACGGGAACACGCAUUCAUGCUGCAUGUCGGAUCCAAAGUCCUCGUCAACCAAUUCCUUCAACAAAAGGAUAACUUCGAUUCACGGAAAUGUCCCCUCUGGGCCAUGCAAAGUACUUUGUUGAACAUGGUCUUCGAGAGCUGGAGUGGGGAUCCAAAGGGUCUUGAAUGGACUUGCUCAAUCAAGAGUUUACUCGCUAAUAUGGUUGCUGGAAAUCGUUAUCAAUUGAAGCUUCGUACCGAGGCCCGCGAAGGUCGGUUGCCUACACGCGAAGAGUGGAUCGAAGAUGAGUCGUGCCGCCGGACUUACUACGCCGUCUACAUCUUCUUUGGCAUGCUCACUCUGACUUUCAACCACACUCCUGCUAUGAGCUUGGACGAACUCGACAGCUUGGAAUUGCCAUCUUCGGAGUCACUGUGGAGUCUUGACGUGGCCGACGAAGACUCUUGGCAGCGUACCUUGAGCACUGUGAUCCAGGUCAACAUUCGCGAAGCACACGACCGUUUGUUCCAGGGUGAGCAGACACGGUAUAGCGCAUUCGCUACGCGGGUCAUGAUCAACGCUCUUUUCCUGCAAGUCUGGAGCCACAAGCGCAGUUUUGAGGCUCUCCAGGAUGUUGUGACCGAGUACAAGCUUCGUCUUGCGUUGGAAACUUGGGAGAACUCACUCGAGCUUUGCGAGGCUGAGACCAUUGUGGUUCCCCUGAGCACACCACAAAAGGGCCAUCCUUUGAUUUUCAACUCCAUGGCCAUUUAUCGUAACACUCGAGCUCGGUUGGCAGUUGACCUCAAAUCUGUUCAGGAGGCUCUGCGUUACCACUCAUCGUACGAGGUCGCUGCGGCCAUGACUGUCGCCCGCGACAAGGUGAAGCGGUCUCCUGAGAUGAACAAUGUUAUCCAACAAUGCUUCGAAUGCAUCGAGAUUGCUGCCGUUCAAGGCAUCAAUUGGGUUGCCAAGACGUCCGCUACCAAUUGGAGCGUUGAGCAUCCUCUUUGCGGCCUUGACCUGAUGGUUAUCCUCAGCUUAUGGCUCUACCGCCUGGAACAUGACGAGGAGCCUGCCACAGAAGCCGAGAUUGCCAUUUACAGCAAGGUGCGCAAUCUGUUUGAUGAUGAUGCCAUUGAUGUUUUUGGCAAGGUUAGCUCCACCGUUGCCCGAGUCUGGGGUAACAUACUUGACGGUGUCGUUGUUUGGGGACUCACUAAGCUUAUGGGCGAAUCCUUCAAGCUGCAUGCGCAGGCCUUGGUAGGCUAUGAGGACUCGGUUGCCAAAGAUCAACCUUUGCACCCCAUGCCUACCAAGAGCCUUGCUAGUGUUGGCACUGCAUACUAA